GGGACAACCAUGAACUGAAUGACUGAGAAUCUCCAUAGACUUUCAGAGGUAUGGACUUCAGCUCCCAGAAUUCCCUAGCCAGCUAUACUAGGAAAUUCUGGAAUUGAAGUCCAAACAAAUCGAAGCUGCUGAGAUUGAGAAACGCUACAGUGAAGUUUCGAGCCAUUGGAUUAUGAAAUGAAAAAUGUAUAUUUCCCAUGAAUUAUUUUAUUCAUAGGCCUCGUUUUGGCCCAUGGUUGUUUCUGCUUUGCUUUUAUAUAUAUAUAUAUAGUAAUGCUAGAUUUAAAGAGCCACUUUAAUGGUUAAGACAUUAGGCUAGAAAGCGGGAGACCUACCAUAAAUUUGGAAGCCGGUGAGAAGCCAUUCAAUCUUUCUCAGCCCCAGGAAGGGCAAACCACUUCUGAAAAACCUUGCCAUGAAAACUGCAGGGAUUAAUCCAGCAUCUCCUUCACCAGCCAAGCAACGAGCUAAAAUGGAUGAUAUUGUGGUGGUAGCCCAAGGGACUCAGGCAUCACGGAAUGUCAGCAGUGAUCCAGAUGUCAUAAAACUGCAAGAAAUCCCCACUUUCCAACCUCUGUUGAAAGGUCUUCUUAGUGGGCAGAUGUCUCCUACCAACAUUAAACUGGAAAAACUUGAUUCUCAGCAAGUACUACAGCUGUGUCUCCGGUACCAGGACCACCUCCACCAGUGCGCAGAAGCUGUGGCCUUUGACCAGAAUGCUUUAGUCAAGCGGAUUAAAGAGAUGGAUCUUUCGGUAGAAACGUUGUACACUUUAAUGCAAGAGCGCCAGAAAAGGUACGCCAAGUAUGCUGAGCAGAUCCAGAAAGUCAACGAGAUGUCCGCCAUCCUCCGGCGUGUCCAGAUGGGCAUUGACCUAACUGUCCCACUGAUGGAGAGGCUGAACAGCCUGCUGCCCGAGAACGAGCGGCUGGAACCUUUUUGUAUGAAACCGGACAGGGAGCUCAAGUUAUAGCUUCCCUCCGGCCAUCUAUUCUCAGGCUUGACUGCAGGACCAUGCUUGAAAGCUUCAGGCUCAGGGUGAUUAAAAGAAUUACGGUGAUCUCCUGCCCCAACACUGUUCCACAUGCAGACUGGAAACUGAUUGGAGGAUAUCGCUAUGGGGAAUCUCGUCUUCUUGCCGUCAUCCGGCUUUCAGCUGACUACCAAGCUUUUCCUUCCACAAGUUUUGGGGCUGACCGUUUUGGACGUUUGAUAGCGUGCCACGUUUCCCCCCCCCCCCUUUCUUCUUUUUCGUUUUAUGUAUAUAAAAAAAAGAACAGUUUGCUAUUCUAGCGUGGUGCAAUUUUUUUUUUUCUCAUUUGAAAUCGUUUUGAUAACUUGUCGUAUUGUUAUUGGGAACUCCUCUGAGAGCCCUGUUUGAAACUGUAGCAGAUGCAUAUUUAAUUAACAUUACACGAUGUUGCUUACAGAAGAGGCAUUUUAAUGGAAAAGAAUUAGCUGUAAUUCUGAAAGCCCCUAACUCCUGGCUGCUCUUCGCUGAGAAAUGUUCAGGUUCGAUUGAUUUCUUUCCAGAACCUAAACCAUCUUUUAUUAAAAAGGAUUACAUAUUAAAUGCAAUAAAACUGCAUUCAUAUUUUAUUGUCUAACAACUCUAGUCAAGAAUUAACAGGCAAGAGCAUACCUCAAGUUGAUUUGUUGGGCAUUAACACGCCAAAGAUACAUUUAGAAAAACAUACUUGUUAGAAGUUCAUGCUUCUAACAAAAAUGUGGAUCACCUAAACUGGUUAUAUAUCCUUUGGUGGCAGUAUAAUAAACAGCUAGUUUUCUUCUAGCAGAAUAUUGUUACACCCGUUUUCUUAUUUUGUAAAUUCAACCUCAGUUGCUCAAUACAAACUCACUCCAUAGUUCUUGUCAAUAAAAUUCCCUAUAGCCAUUUUAAAGGAUGAAAAACAAUUUUUUAAAUGUUACAUUUCCUAUUCCAAGCCAAAUUUUCACAAAGCCGCGAUAUAUCUGAUUUAUGCUAAGACGCUGGCUCUUAACUGGGCUUGCUACAGAUAAAUUUGGGACUGGCAAGAGUUUUGGAAAGGCUAAUUCAACCCCCCUGGAACAAUCCUUAUGCAUAAAUUACUCUUAGGUGUUCAAUGAGUCACUAACUUUGGAAUGCAGAAACUCUUGGAUGUGGCUGAAGCUUUGAUUGCUGAGUUCCUUUGGCACACAAGGCAGUCCUGAGCCAGAGAGAAAGAGAGAUAGAAAGCAGGGAUGUACAAACUCCUAGGCAGGAAGAGAAAUCUCAUAUGUGGACUUGUGUGCUACUUCCAUUUACUCAGUGCAAUAUGCGUCCUCUAGCAUUGAAUCAGUCUGGAAUGUUCCUCAUCAUGAUCAAUUAACAGCUAUAUCUUGAUAGAGGCAUAUCCCGGAUUCCUAAAAACAUACCUUGCGUUAUUCCAAAUUGGGCAUAAAAAAACAAACUGCUAGAUGGGGUUCCUUAGGAAUAUUUUAAGUGUACCAAAAGGGGGUUAAUUUGAGAUCUUAAAUACAGAAUAGGGAAGGUAGGAUGGCAUUUAAGUAGUUUUCUUGAAAAUUCUGCAGAAGAUGCUUUGGGUAUGAUAUGUAUUUUCCUUUGUUGAAAAUACAGUGUUUUCAUCGUUUGUUUGGGGGUUUUUUUGCCUUGCAUUGAAUUUCCUUCUCUGAACAGUGUAUGAUCAUUACUUGACACAUUUGUUAAUAAACAUGCAAAAUAUAGAUAACCGGA